GAUUGCGAGUGACCCCGGUGGGAAACUGGGACUCUCAGGUUCGUCGGUAGUGAGCGGAGGAGCAGCAGGUUGUCGUUAGGAGCCCGGGGAGGAUUACUCGGGUUGUCUGCUCUCUGGGGUCUGUCGUGUUCUGGACUACACUUUCCAGAGGCCUCCGGGUGUAACGUCACUUCCUUCUAAGGUGGUCAGCUCCGUAGUGCUGGAGCGAGUGGAACAGCGCGGCGACCGAGGCCAUUGGUUUCUUCCGGGACUGGGGGACGUGAGCCUGACGCUGGGGAAGCUGAAGGACUGCGCUUCUCCAUGAGAAGAAGCCAGAGGAGGACUCAUAAAUUGAAAUUCUAAGCCAUGCCUUGUAGGUUGGUGUUGUUCAAGGAUGUGGCCAUAGACUUCUCUCAGGAGGAGUGGGAAUGCCUGGACUUGGAACAGAAGGAUUUGUACAGAGAUGUGAUGUUGGAAAACUAUAACAAUCUGGUCUCACUGGCAGGAUUUUCCAUUUCUAAGACAGAUGUACUUUCCUUAUUGAAACAAGGGAAAGAGCCCUGGAAGGUUGUACAGGAUGUGACAAGAAGUCAGAGUUCAGCCUGGGAAUCCAGAUAUGAGACCAAAAAGCUGUUCUCAACAAAAGGAAUUUAUGAAAUAGAAUCAUCUCAGUGGGAGAUCAUAGAACAGCUUACAAGACUUAAGUGUGAUUGUAAAAGUCUUCAAGAUGAUAGGGAAUGCAAAGACCAGUUUGAAAGCCAAUUGGGAAAUAAAGAGGGAUUUUUCAAGCAACUACUAAUCACUUGUAAAGGAAUCCCCAAUUUUAGCCAGACUGCAUCCCUUAUGUUAAAACAAAGAAUUAAUUUUCCUGAGAAAUCCUAUGAAUGUGAAGCAUGCAGAAAAUACUUUAUCCAUGGCUUUCAACUGACUAAACAUCAGAAAGCUCAUUCUGAUGAAAAAUUCUAUGAAUGUAAAGAAUGUGGACAGGCCUUUAUUCGGGGUUCAGAACUUACUUACCAUCAGAGAGUUCAUGUUGUUAAGAAACCCUAUGAAUGUAAGGAAUGUGGAAAAGCCUUUAUUUGUGCCUCACAGCUUACUUAUCAUCAAAGAAUUCAUACUGGGGAGAAACCUUAUAAAUGUAAAGAGUGUGGGAAGGCCUUCAUUCGUGGCUCUCACCUUACCCAGCAUCAAAGAAUUCAUACUGGUGAACGACCCUAUGAAUGUAAUGAAUGUGGUAAGGCCUUUUUUCGUGGCUCUCAACUUACUUACCACCAGAGAGUUCAUACUGCAGAGAAACCCUAUCAAUGUAAAGAAUGUGGAAAGGCCUUUAUUCGUGGCUCCCAACUUGCUGAACAUCAGAGAAUUCAUACGGGUGAGAAACCCUACGAAUGUAAGAAAUGUGGGAAAGCCUUUAGUUAUGGAUCACAGCUUACCCUGCAUCACAGACUUCAUACUGGUGAAAAGCCCUAUAAAUGUAAAGACUGUGAAAUGUCCUUUAUUCGUGGCUCACAACUUACUGAACAUCAGAGGAUUCAUACAGGUAAGAAACCACAUGAAUGUAAGCAGUGUGGGAAGGCUUUUAACUAUGGCUCACAGCUUAUUCGACACCAGAGGAUUCACACUGGAGAGAAACCCUAUGAAUGUCAAGAAUGUGGGAAGUCAUUUAUUCGUGGCUCACAACUUACUGAACAUCAAAAAAUUCACACUGGUGAAAAACCUUUUGAAUGUAAGGAAUGUGGGAAAGCCUUUAUUCGUGGCUCACAUCUUACUCAGCAUCAGAGGAUUCAUACUGGUGAAAAACCGUAUGAAUGUAAAGAGUGUGGGAAGGCCUUUAUUUAUAGCUCACAACUGACUCAGCAUCAGAGAAUUCAUACAGGUGAGAAUCCCUAUGAAUGUAAGCAGUGUGGGAAGAUCUUUAUUUGUGCCUCACAACUUACUCUACAUCAGAUUUCUCAUUCUGGUAAGAAGCCAUAUGAAUGUAAAGAAUGUGGUAAGGCUUUUAUUCGUGGCUCACAGCUGACUUACCAUCAGAGAGUUCAUACUGGUGAGAAGCCCUAUGAGUGUAAUGAAUGUGGGAAAGCCUUUAUUCGUGGUUCACAUCUUACUCAGCACCAGAGAAUUCAUACUGGUGAGAAACCAUACAAAUGUAAUGAAUGUGGGAAGGCCUUUAAUCGUGGCUCACAACUUACUCAACAUCAGAGAAUUCAUUCUGGUGAGAAGCCUUAUAAAUGUAACGAAUGUGGUAAGGACUUCAGACGUCAUUCACACCUCACUCAACAUCCUAGGUGUCAUUCUACUGAGAAACCCUAUAAAUGUAAGGAAUGUGGGAAGGCCUUUAGACGAGCCUCACACCUAACUCAACAUCAUAGUAUUCAUACUGGUGAAAAACCCUAUGAAUGCAAGCAGUGUGGGAAGGCCUUUAGUCGUGAUUCACAGCUUAUUCUUCAUCAGAGACUUCAUACUGGUGAGAAGCCCUAUGCAUGCAAGGAAUGCGGGAAGGCCUUUACUCAGAGCUCACAACUUAUUUUACAUCAUAGAAUUCAUACUGGUGAAAAACCGUAUAAAUGUGAAGAAUGUGGGAAAGCCUUUAUUCGUAGCUCACAACUCACCCGACAUCAAAAAGUCCACACUGGUGAGAAACCUUAUGAAUGUAAAGAAUGUGGGAAGGCCUUUACUCAGAACUCACAACUUACUCUGCACCAGAGACUUCAUACUGGUGAGAAACUUUAUGAAUGUAAAGAAUGUAGAAAGGUCUUUACUCAGCUCUCACAACUUAUUCUGCAUAAGAGAAUUCACACUGGUGAAAAACCCUACGAAUGUAAGGAAUGUGGGAAAGCUUUUAUUUGUGGCUCACAGCUUUCUCAACAUCAGAAAAUUCAUAAUGGGGAAAAGCCAUAUGAAUGUAAGGAAUGUGGAAAGGCCUUUAUUCGUGGCUCAUUACUUAUGCAACAUCAGAGGAUACAUACUGGUGAAAAACCCUAUAAAUGUGAAGAAUGUGGAAAAGCCUUUAUCCGUGGCUCACAACUUACUCAACACCAGAGAAUUCAUACCAAUGAGAAGCCCUAUGAAUGUAAAGAAUGUGGAAAGACCUUUAGUCAUGGCUCACAGCUUACUCAACAUCAGAGAAUUCAUACUGGUGAGAAACCCUAUCAGUGUAAGGAAUGUGGAAAGGCUUUUAAUCGUGGCUCACUCCUUACCCGACAUCAGAGGAUUCAUACUGGUGAAAAACCCUAUGAAUGUAAAGAAUGUGGAAAGACUUUUAGUCGCGGCUCAGAACUUACUCAACAUGAAAGGAUUCAUACUGGUGAGAAACCAUACGAAUGUAAGGAAUGUGGGAAGUCUUUUAUUCGUGGCUCACAGCUUACUCAACAUCAGAGAAUUCAUACUGGUGAGAAACCGUAUGAAUGUAAAGAAUGUAGAAUGGCAUUCACUCAGAGUUCACAUCUUUCUCAACAUCAGAGACUUCAUACUGGUGAGAAACCCUAUGUAUGUAAUGAAUGUGGGAAGGCCUUUGCCCGUGGUUUACUACUUAUACAGCAUCAGAGAAUUCAUACAGGUGAGAAACCAUAUCAGUGUAAGGAAUGUGGGAAGGCCUUUAUUCGUGGUUCACAACUUACUCAACAUCAGCGAAUUCACACUGGAGAAAAGCCCUAUGAAUGCAAGGAAUGUGGGAAGGCCUUUAGUCAUGGCUCUCAACUUACUCUACAUCAGAGAAUUCAUACUGGUGAGAAGCCCUAUGAAUGCAAAGAAUGCAGAAAAGCAUUUACUCAGAGCUCACAUCUUUCUCGACAUCAAAGAAUCCAUACUGGUGAGAAACCAUAUCAAUGUAAGGAAUGUGGGAAGGCCUUUACUCGAGGUUCACAGCUAACGCAACAUCAGAGAAUUCAUAUCAGUGAGAAAACUUUUGAAUAUAAAGAAUGUGGGAUAGACUUCAGUCAUAGCUCACAAGUUUAUAUAUGAAUUAUCUGAUUCUUUGUGAUUAAAAUAGAGAGCCUUCUCUGGUCAUUAAUCCAUUAUCAUCAAAGAAUUCCUAAAAUGUGAAUAUGGGAGCAUAUUUUCCUCUUCAAGUUCAGCAUCAGUGAAUUCUAAUGGGAGAAAGAUACUGUUAAUGGAAUCUAUGUAGAAAAACCUAUCGUUACUGGAAACCUAUUAAACUUCAGCAAAUUAUAAUAGAGUUCUGUUAAUAUAGUAAAAUAUAGGAAGGCCUUUAGCUGUAGAAUAUCUUUUUCAACAUUAUCUUGACUCUUCCAGCUACUUUUCUUUGUGAUAUUUAUCAUAAUUAACCUGUGCUUUUGUUUAAUCAUUUGUAAGAUAAGCCUAAGAAUAAUACCUUCCUUGUAAGAUUCUUGGAAGUAUUAUGUGAAACAUUUCAUGUAAAGCUCUUAGUGCCUUGAACAUAUUAUAUCACAAGUAUUAGCUAUCAUUAUUACUAGUAUGAUUUUAGAGAAUUUGCAUGAGAAGAGGACAACUAAUGAAUAUGGAGAUAUUUUUCAUUAACCCUUGACCCCGACUGUUUGGGGAGCACUGUAUGCUGUAAUGAAUAUGAGAAAGCUUUCAUUCACAUUUCAUCCUAUAUGCUAGAAGAGGAAAUUCAUAGUUUAAAAAGUCAUAGAUUUAAUCAGUGGAUUGUUGAAGAGGGAUGAGGUGAAUUGUAACAAAGUCCAAAAACUCAUAUUUUCUAUAAUUUUUGACCACAAUUUAAGAAUAUUACUUAGAAGUGAAAAAAGUAGAUAGUCAAAAUUUUCUACUAUGAAAUUUCUAAAAACUUGAAUGUACAGCUUUUGAAUUAAACUAAAAGUAAACUGACAGUAUUUUGCAGUGAAACAUGAUGACAGUCUGUCAGAGACUAUUUCCCUACCCAGUAUCCAUUUCCCCUUCUUUAGAAUUCUUGGCUGAAAAAUUAUCUCAGUCUCUCUUGCAGGUCAACAAGAUAAAAGUGGUAUUUGUUUGUACAUAUAGGACAUUUAAGAAUACCUUUUUCCUCUCUGCAUUUCUGUUUUCCUGCCUACAAUGUGGACAUUUAAUUUACAUCUCUGAUGAUUUUUUGGGGAAUUUGAGAAUGCUAUCUAAGGAUAAUUGAGCAGAAAUACAGAAUGAGUCUACACCUAUACUGAUUUUAUGGAAUAGCUGUACCAAUUCUGGUCUGCUUGCCUCCUGUAUUUCUUUAUAUAAAAUUAAAAUAAACUUAUUUGUUCAUGC